AUAGCUAAUUAUCUCCGACCCCAUGAAAACGUUCGCCCUCUACGUCUCCUUCCUCCAUCUCCUUUUUGCCCACGCCGGCGCCGCUCAGCACAGCCCGCCACCAUAUAUUGCUCCCGACUAUAUUCUCCUCAACUGUGGCUCCUCCUCCACCAAAUCAGCCUCACUCGAUGGCCGGAACUGGGAGGGCGAUUCUCAAUCAAAGUUCUCUCCCCACAAUAUUCAAACUACCUCCAAUGCAUCUACACCCACUCAACAAAUCCCUUCUGUGCCCCAAGUUCCCUACAUGACCGCACGCAUCUUUCCCAACAACUUUACUUACUCCUUCCCUGUCUCUUCUGGCCUUAAGUUCGUUCGUCUCUACUUCUACCCCGCCACGUACGCCGCAGUCGAUAAAUCCAAGUCCUUCUUCUCCGUCACCGCCAAUGAUUUCACUCUCUUGAGAAACUUCAGUGCCUUCCUUACCAUCUUGGCGCUGGAACCUCCCGCAGCCGUCGUUGUCAAAGAAUUCAUUAUCCCCGUGUUGCGCACCCAGUGUCUCAACAUAACCUUUAUAUCUCUUACCUCCUACGCCUUCAUUAAUGGCAUUGAGGUCGUUUCUAUUCCGGAUAAUCUAUAUAUGAACAAUGCCCUGCUUGGUACUGGAAUCAACUUUGUAAAUUACCACACAUCCUUCUAUUUCGAUGGCACCACCGCUCUGGAGACCAUGUAUAGGCUAAACAUUGGGGGAAACGAUGUCUCGGGCGUCGAGGAUACAGGAAUGUUCCGAUCAUGGGUUGGCGACAUGCCGUAUGUGAUUGGCAAUUUCGGGGUGACUCCUUACGAACUGCCUAAUGUCACCAUACAGUAUACGACGGAGACACCGACCUACACUGCGCCGGAGAUUGUGUACAAAACUUUUCGUUCAAUGGGUAUAAAUGUCACGGCCAACUUGAAUUCCAACCUCACGUGGAACUUCACGGUGGACGCUGGGUUUAACUAUCUCUUUAGGCUUCAUUUCUGCGAAACAAUACCAGAGAUUGUGAACAAGAACUACCGUGUUUUUGAAAUAUUCAUCGAUAAUCAAACGGCGGAGACAGAUGCAGAUGUGAUAGUAUGGAGCGGCAGCAAUGGGAUUCCAGUGUACAAAGAUUAUAUUGUUUCUACCCCUAAUGGAAACCAACGCAAACUAGAUUUGUUGUUGGCGCUACAUCCUAAUGUGCUUGUGAAACCACAAUUAGAGGAUGUAUUGUUGAACGGUGUGGAAAUAUUUAAGUUGAACCGAUCGGACGGUAGUGUUGCUGGGCUCAACCCGGACGGAGUUGUGGUUCCCACAUCCCCUGAAGGCAACAUAAAAUUAACGGAAAGCAAAAGGUGGUCACCGCUGAUCAUGGCCGUUAUUAUAGUUAUUGCAGUUUCGGUUAUUAUUCUUGGUUUUAUAAGUUUCCGUACGAAUAAGAGAGCUAAGAAAUUGGGCUCCCGGAACGUUGGUGAUUCUAAUUGCUCGCCUCUGCCGUCCCAUUUAUGUCGUCACUUUUCGUUUGCUGAAAUCAAAGCCGCCACAAAAAAUUUCGAUGAUGGCUUGAUCAUAGGGGUUGGAGGAUUUGGGAACGUGUAUAAAGGAUACGUCGAAGAUGGGAGCACCACAGUUGCAAUCAAACGACUGAAAUCCGGCUCACAACAGGGGGCCCACGAGUUCACGACUGAGAUUUCAACCCUCUCCAAGCUACGGCACCGUCAUAUUGUGUCUUUGAUUGGCUACUGUGACGAGGACCGGGAGAUGAUACUUGUCUACGAGUACAUGAACUGUGGGACCCUUCGUGAUCAUCUAUAUAGCCCCGACAAUCCUCCUUUAACGUGGAAGAGACGGCUCGACAUUUGUAUCGGAGCAGCACUUGGGUUGGAAUACCUCCACACCGGUGCGAACCACCUGAUUAUUCACCGGGACGUGAAGUCGACGAAUAUACUUUUGGACGAGAAUUGGGUAGCCAAGGCUUCAGAUUUUGGCUUGUGCAAAAUGGGACCCACAAGCGUCUCCAUCACUCAUAUCAGCACCGCAGUCAAAGGUAGCUUUGGGUAUCUAGACCCGGAAUACUUCAAACUUCAGCAACUGACGGAAAAGUCCGACGUCUACUCCUUCGGCGUAGUGCUGUGUGAAGUACUGUGCGCAAGACCGCCGUUGGUUCGCACGGCGUCGAAGAAGCAAGUGAACCUGGCUGAGUGGUUCCGGGAAUGCUAUCAUGAGGACAAGCUUGAUGAGAUUGUUGACCCAUUUUUGAAAAAUGAGAUUACGCCAGAGUGUCUGAAAAAGUUUGUAGAGGUUGCGAUGAGCUGUUUGCUGCAUGACAGAAGCAAACGACCAUCCAUGAAGGACGUCGUGGGUGGCCUCAAGUUCGCAUUACAACUUCAGGGGAGCUCGUGUGAUUCUCCAAAUUCAACAGCUCGAUGAUUCAAAAGUUGGCGAUAAGUGACAGCGAUGACAUGUUUACCACCGGCGCUGUUCAGAGCUGCAUCGAGAUAAAGGGUUUGCUAGCUAAUAGGGUCCACAUCAUGAAUGUCUUUUUUACAUCAGAUAUUUGAUCAUAAGCUUAUAUUUGCUGUAGGAAUUUAUUAUUUUCAUGAGUAGUAUUUUCUU